AUGAUUACUGACGCAGCGAGCCCGUCCCCAGACCUCACUUUCUGUUCUGUUCUACAGACGCAGCGAGCCCGUCCCCAGACCUCACUUUCUGUUCUGUUCUACAGACGCAGCGAGCCCGUCCCCAGACCUCACUCGUGGCACUCCACCAAACUAGGCGAGGGCCAGCCAGACCCCAGCAUGGUGCAGAUAUCCCAGGGCACCAUAGACCCUCCCUGGCAUCACACAUACAACUCCAGUGCGUCCACUACAGACCUGUCGGGUUACGACCCAGGUUACCUGAGGAAGAGUCCAGACCAGUACAGUUCUAGAGGAAGUAUGGAGAGCCUUGGGGAGCACCACAGCCACCCCGCCUACAGUUCUUCCUGCCACCAGCUGUCUGCCUCCAAGUCUUCCAACAGUAUGGACCACCUUCACAGCAAGAGAGACUCAGCCUACUCCUCCUUCUCUACCAGCUCCAGUAUCCCAGAGUACCUAGCGGCCGCUCCGACCUUUAGUAAGGAGAGGUCAUACUCCAUGGAGACAGUUCCACAGAGGGGUGGGGUUAGCGGAGAAGGGGGAGAGGCCGUGUCGGAGGGCAUGCAGCAUGCUGACAUCCGAUACGUCCGUACGGUCUACGACCCCCAGCAGGGAGGUGCCCAAGAGCACGAGGUCAGCUCCGCUGCGUUGCUACGCAACCACGAGGCCGGCAGGGUGGGUUCUCGUAGUGGGGGCAAGGCCUCCUGUCACCGCGGCAGCAGUAGCUGUAGUAACAGCAGUGGCGGAAGCAACGGCGGUAAUAACCAUGGUAAUAACCCCAAACGACACAGCGUUGGGCCGAUCUGGGGCCAGUCUCAUUCCGCCGGCUGCAGUUCCUAUGAAAGCCUGAAGGGGGCGCCGCCUCCUCCCAUGCGGAGUGACAGCUACGCGGCGAUCAGGCACCACGAAAGGCCCAAUUCCUGGUCCAGCCUGGAGCAGACUCGCUCCCUUAGGGCUCUCCACAAGGGGUCCACCUCCUCCUGGCACCACUCCUCUGGGUCCGUGGCCUCCGGCUCGGGGAAGGGCUCCUACGGGGCCGAGGGCCAGCUCCACACCGUCAUAGAGAAGAGUCCUGAGAGCAGCCCCACCAUCAAGCCCAAACAGGGGGUGGGUCAGGUCCCCCAGCCCCCUCAGCCCCAGAAUACAUCUGGCCGCCUCAUGUCGCCCCAGGGCAUCUACCCCGUGCCCCCUCCGGAGACCCACUAUGCACAGAUGCCCACCAGCAACCCCAGCAGUGUGUACCCAGGCCUGGCCAGGGAGAGCAGUCUGAGCAGACAGAGAGAGCUCCAGGCGUUAGGGGUGGGGAUCAGUGUGGAUACGGGCCUGGCCAGGGAGAGCAGUCUGAGCAGACAGAGAGAGCUCCAGGCGUUAGGGGUGGGGAUCAGUGUGGAUACAGGGAUCGAGGUAUCUGUAGAGAACGGAUACCAAAGCAACACUUUCAACUCCUAUGUCACCUGUUCCAACCAGCCUCAGCAUCAUGACUUAGCUCAGCCUCCAACCAUACAGCCAGCCCAGCCUGUUAACAGAGGGGGUGACAGAGGACAUGAGGAGACCCAAACCAAACUGGGUCUCUACACGUCUUAUUUGAAGGGGGAGGGACAGACCGUCUCCCGAAGGCAGAGCCAGCAGGGUCAUGGACAGGGUCAGGUGUACAGACCCUCCUCAGCCCAGUCCAUAGGUCAGGAGAGGAGAGACCCAUACACUCCAGUCCAGCCGCAGAGAGAGAGGGUACCCAGGUAUUCCCAGGGCUCAGAGAGUUACCCUGAGAAGCAUCAACAGGGACAGGUCAGACACACUGAACACAGCCAUCCAGACCCUCAGCCUCCUACUACCAUGCCCACUAAGAUAUCCAAGGGCCACGUUCCUCAGGGGAUCAGGAUUAGCAGUACCCCAGCCCAGGGGCCUGAUCAUCGGGUCAACAACCAGAGGUCCAGGUCCCCCCUCCGGCACUACAGCGACCCCAGUCCACCCCACCACCAGAAGAACCAGAGGGGACCAGAGCACCCCCUGACCCGGCUAGAGAAUGCCCUAGCGGAGGUCCAGCGCUGUGCCAGUCCAGAGAGCUCCGCUAGGAGUCAGAGCAGCCACCAGAGGAGCCCGUCUGUCCUGGAGAAGGUAAACCGGUUCGAGCGCCAAGAGCAGAGGAAGCAGAGGAGUCAUAGCAUCAAUGCCAGCCACACCAACCUGGGACCCUCCUCCUCCUCCCGUCCAACUCAGCCCCAGCCUCAGCACAAGCACCAUGAGAGGGCCAUGAGCUAUGGUGCUGGUAUGGAUGACCUGCGUAAUAUGCUGGAGAGAAGCAACAGCCCCAGCAGCCCCUGCAGAACACUGAGCUCCUCCUCUAGCUCACAUCAUGGGAAAAGUACAGUGGCCCACAAGGGUCAUCAUUACGCAGAGCAGCAGAGGCCAGAGAGUUGUGACCAAGCCAAGCCCCAGAGCUCCAGGGACCCCCACCACCAGCCUAACCCCCUGGACCCUCACCCUGGCUCGGCCCUACAGAGGAGUAUGAGCACCUUCCAACUGGGUAGCCAGGAGGGCCAGGAGGAGAACGGCCAUGACAGGGACAGAGAGUUCCAUUGGAGGGAUGACCUGCAGGACCUACUGGGGACCAUCCAGGACACAUCCUUUAACCGGGCCUACAGGGACAGUAUCAAGGACGCCCAGUCCAAGGUGCUCCGAUCCACCUCCUUUAGACGCAGGGACCUGGGAAUCAGCUCCAGCUCUAACCAGAGCUCCAACAACCCACCUCCUGGUGUCAACAACAACGCCCCUCCUGGUGUCAACAACAACGCCCCUCCUGGUGUCAACAACAACUCCCCUCCUGGUGUCAACAACAACCCACUUCCUGGUGUCAACAACAACUCCCCUCCUGGUGUCAACAACAACCCACUUCCUGGUGUCAACAACAACGCCCCUCCCGUCCCCGCUAAGCACUUAUCCUUGGAGAGGAAGGCAAUGGCCCCCAAGACCGGUCCCAAACCCUCCAUUGUCACCACCACUGUACCAGCCUCUGCCCCAGCCACUUCCCUGUCCCCUCACACCCCAAAAGAGAGGCACACGAUCACCACCCCAGACCCAGUCCCAGCCCCAACCACCUCUCCCUCCCCUCACACCCCCAGAGAGAGGCACCUUGUCACCCCCAAGCCCGAGAGGUUCAGCCCCCCAGAGCUCCCCAUUGUCUCAGCCUUGGGCCCACCAGUCCCGGCCCGAAUCGGUGGGCGUAAGAGGCUCACCAUGGAGCAGAAGAAGAGAUCGUACUCCGAGCCAGAGAACAUGCACGAGGUGGGGUUAGAGUCUGACCCGAGGAGGAGUGCCCAGCACCAACAGAUCCUGUUCCCAGGCACAGAGACCAGCGUGGCAGACCGCAGGAGGAUGUUUGAGGUGGCAACCAGUCGCAGCCUGAGCUCCAGCUCUCAGGAUCCCCAGACCCUCCAGGGCUCCCAGGCUGGUCUAGCCGUCUCCCGGCCGGAGCUCUGGCAGCUGCAGCAGGAUGCCCUGGCUGACUACAUGGAGAGGAAGAGAGGCUGGAGGACAGACAGGGACAGGUCCGAGGGGAGACGGCAUCGUCACCGGCCCCACAGUGCCUACCUCCAGCCCUUCACAGACACCCAUAGUGUCUCUUCCACCUCCACCACCAGCCUAGCCUCUCUCCAAGAGCUGUUUGGCCCAGACAGCAGCCUCUCUGGUGAGGAGAGGCUCUGCUCCACCCUGCCUCCCGGUCUGCAGCUCCAGGGCAGUGUAUACCCAGGCAGGGUGACCGCACCACACAUCCAUACCCAGGCCCCCACCUCAGUCUCCACCUCCCACCAAUACCCCACUGGAUUUGGAUCCAACAGGCCUCUGGAGGGAGUGCCAGCACCAGCCAAGGCCUACGAGGCUUUCCGGAGCCAGCGAGGCGAUGGGUCCUUUGAAAGAGCGACUCCAGCCCGGAGCUCUGGGAAGUCGGCCUCAGCGGAGGAUCUUCUAGAGCACUCUGAGGAGAGGCCUGCACCACAGCACUUCAGAUCCCGCUCCUCGCCCUCUGUAGAGAGGCUCAACCAGGACUUCAUGACAGGAGGAGAUCUGAGGAUGUUUCCGGACUUUUCUAAUGAACCCCAGCUGUUCACACACAAUGACAACAACAGGUCCAUGGACAAGCAGCGUUUAAAGCGUCCCGUCUCAGCCUCCCAGUCCCAGUAUGUGGCCACCCACUACCUGCUGAAUCAGGGUCCUUCCCAAAGCAACACCCCUGUGAUGAGGAGAGAGAGGCAGAGGAACCCCGACCGUCAGCGGGCCCUUAGUACAUCCGGCCUGGCUGCCUCUGUAGGUCUACCCUGCCCCUUCUCCUCCCCAGGCACCAGCCCCAGCACUAGCCUUGACUGGCAGGUCAGCGAGAGGUUAGGCCAGGGAAACCUGGAUGCCAUCGCCUUCCCCUGCCUGUCGCAGGUUGAGGCUCCCAGAGCCGUGUCCCCAGAGACCAGGCAGAGCCCCACAGCACAUCAGAACCAGAACCAGAAUCUGCAGACCAGGACCAGACUGGCCUCAUCAGACACCAGCACUUCAGAGGAGACCCUGAAAGACUUCCCCAUAGAGAGUCCGGCUACCGUACCAAAGACCAUCCUACCUAAGACCCCUCCAACCCCACCUCCUCCUAAAACCUCUCCCAGACCACACCCCCUGCUCUCCCUCCGCAUCUCAGAGUCCAACCUGCAGGAGACCCCGCCCUUACACAUAGCCCCGCCCACACAGGUAGUCCCUCCAAUAGUCUCCUUACAGGACUAUGACGAGGUGUUCCUCCAGGAGCUGGCCCCUCCCUCCCCUCCUCCUCCCCCGCUCCCCAUCAGGGAGACGGACAUCACAGAGGACUUCCCUCCUCCUCCUCCCCUUCUCCUCCUCCCCUCCUGCUCACCCCCAGACAGAGAGGAGCAUCAUCCUGAGCUACAGCACUUCAACAGCUGUGAGUUCGUGGAGGCUGUGUGUCCAGAGAGAAGACCAUCUAUCUCCUCCCCUUCCCCUUCCCCUCAGACAGUCCCCCCCUCUAUCCCCCAGCCUGAGACCCCGACCCACCAGACCCCCAUCGACCCCAGCAGCAGUAACCCAGAUCCCCAGCAGGGGCCUAGCGGUAAGGAAAGCCUGGGGUUAGAGUACCAUCUCCUGGCCAGGAGGGAGAGGUCUGCUGGGGAGCUGAGGGUGGAAGCCCUGGUCAGACAGCUGGUGUCCCGGGGGGAUAAGACCCUGAGCCCGAUACUGGACACCUGGCCCGGGGGCGGACGGACCAGCACCAUGGACCUGAUGGAAGAGAUCUUCCCUGCUGGGGGAGGGAGGUUGCCGUGGCAACGCCGUAGGAGCAGCACCUGGCUGGAGGACAGAAGUCAAGAUGGCGUCUGUUCUACAGGACCUAGUCUGCUGCAGAAAACAGAGGAGGGAAGAGGAAUACAUCUGGAUGAGGAGGAGGCAGACCUCAAUCUAGAAAAGGUGGAGCUAGUCCAGGCUCUGACCCUUAGCGUUGCCUCACUCCGAGAGGAGAGAGAAGUUCUGGGUGAGGAGCAGAGGAGGUUCCGGGCCCUAGGGGGCCAUAUGGAGAGCCUGGUCCAGGAGCGCUGUAAGCCCAAUGAGAAGGAGAAGUACAGGAUGUUCAUCGGGGACCUGGAUAAGAUAGUCAACUUGUUGAUGUCUCUGUGUGGCCGGUUGGCCCGGGUCCAUAACGCUCUCUAUGCCCUGGACAGAGAGGAGGAGACAGAGGACAGCGCAGAGGAGAGGGAGUCCUUACAGCAGAAGCGCCACCAGUUGUGUAGUCAGCACGAGGAUGCCAGGGAGCUGAAGGAGAAUCUGGAUCGUCGGGAGCGUGUGGUCCUGGACAUCCUGGGUGGGUACCUGACCGGGCCGCAGCUAAGAGACUACCAGCAUUACGUCUGUAUGAAACCUGCCCUCCUGAUCCGCCAGAGACACCUGGACGAGCUCAUCAAGCAGGGGGACGAGCAGCUCGACAGGCUGAUAGAGAGUAUCUCUCCUGGGGACCACCAAGCCGAACUCUGCUGCUCCUCCAACCCAGGGUUAGGCCUCAGGGAUCCCAGCCCUAACCUUGGUCCUACCCAUACUGUCCGCUCCACCACUGUAACAUCACUGUGACCCCUGUAAACGCCAACAAUAACAGUCCUGGUCACUACCAGGGAACACGAUACAGCAGCUGUGUCUCUGGCGGAACGGGUGAAGACUACAUACUACACUAUAUGACUGGUGAAUGAGACGACAUACAACACUAUAUGACUGGUGAAUGAGACGACAUACAACACUAUAUGACUGGUGAAUGAGACGACAUACAACACUAUAUGACUGGUGAAUGAGACGACAUACAACACUAUAUGACUGGUGAAUGAGACGACAUACAACACUAUAUGACUGGUGAAUGAGACGACAUACAACACUAUAUGACUGGUGAAUGAGACGACAUACAACACUAUAUGACUGGUGAAUGAGACGACAUACAACACUAUAUGACUGGUGAAUGAGACGACAUACAACACUAUAUGACUGGUGAAUGAGACGACAUACAACACUAUAUGACUGGUGAAUGAGACGACAUACAACACUAUAUGACUGGUGAAUGAGACGACAUACAACACUAUAUGACUGGUGAAUGAGGCGACAUACAACACUAUAUGACUGGUGAAUGAGACGACAUACAACACUAUAUGACUGGUGAAUGAGACGACAUACAACACUAUAUGACUGGUGAAUGAGACGACAUACAACACUAUAUGACUGGUGAAUGAGACGACAUACAACACUAUAUGACUGGUGAAUGAGACGACAUACAACACUAUAUGACUGGUGAAUGAGGCGACAUACAACACUAUAUGACUGGUGAAUGAGACGACAUACAACACUAUAUGACUGGUGAAUGAGACGACAUACAACACUAUAUGACUGGUGAAUGAGACGACAUACAACACUAUAUGACUGGUGAAUGAGACGACAUACAACACUAUAUGACUGGUGAAUGAGGCGACAUACAACACUAUAUGACUGGUGAAUGAGACGACAUACAACACUAUAUGACUGGUGAAUGAGACGACAUACAACACUAUAUGACUGGUGAAUGAGACGACAUACAACACUAUAUGACUGGUGAAUGAGACGACAUACAACACUAUAUGACUGGUGAAUGAGACGACAUACAACACUAUAUGACUGGUGAAUGAGGCGACAUACAACACUAUAUGACUGGUGAAUGAGACGACAUACAACACUAUAUGACUGGUGAAUGAGACGACAUACAACACUAUAUGACUGGUGAAUGAGACGACAUACAACACUAUAUGACUGGUGAAUGAGACGACAUACAACACUAUAUGACUGGUGAAUGAGGCGACAUACAACACUAUAUGACUGGUGAAUGAGACGACAUACAACACUAUAUGACUGGUGAAUGAGACGACAUACAACACUAUAUGACUGGUGAAUGAGACGACAUACAACACUAUAUGACUGGUGAAUGAGACGACAUACAACACUAUAUGACUGGUGAAUGAGACGACAUACAACACUAUAUGACUGGUGAAUGAGACGACAUACAACACUAUAUGACUGGUGAAUGAGGCGACAUACAACACUAUAUGACUGGUGAAUGAGACGACAUACAACACUAUAUGACUGGUGAAUGAGACGACAUACAACACUAUAUGACUGGUGAAUGAGACGACAUACAACACUAUAUGACUGGUGAAUGAGACGACAUACAACACUAUAUGACUGGUGAAUGAGACGACAUACAACACUAUAUGACUGGUGAAUGAGACGACAUACAACACUAUAUGACUGGUGAAUGAGGCGACAUACAACACUAUAUGACUGGUGAAUGAGACGACAUACAACACUAUAUGACUGGUGAAUGAGACGACAUACAACACUAUAUGACUGGUGAAUGAGACGACAUACAACACUAUAUGACUGGUGAAUGAGACGACAUACAACACUAUAUGACUGGUGAAUGAGACGACAUACAACACUAUAUGACUGGUGAAUGAGGCGACAUACAACACUAUAUGACUGGUGAAUGAGACGACAUACAACACUAUAUGACUGGUGAAUGAGACGACAUACAACACUAUAUGACUGGUGAAUGAGACGACAUACAACACUAUAUGACUGGUGAAUGAGACGACAUACAACACUAUAUGACUGGUGAAUGAGACGACAUACAACACUAUAUGACUGGUGAAUGAGGCGACAUACAACACUAUAUGACUGGUGAAUGAGACGACAUACAACACUAUAUGACUGGUGAAUGAGACGACAUACAACACUAUAUGACUGGUGAAUGAGACGACAUACAACACUAUAUGACUGGUGAAUGAGACGACAUACAACACUAUAUGACUGGUGAAUGAGACGACAUACAACACUAUAUGACUGGUGAAUGAGACGACAUACAACACUAUAUGACUGGUGAAUGAGACGACAUACAACACUAUAUGACUGGUGAAUGAGGCGACAUACAACACUAUAUGACUGGUGAAUGAGACGACAUACAACACUAUAUGACUGGUGAAUGAGACGACAUACAACAGAUGAAGAAGAGACAGAGACAGCAUCUCUCCCCCCAUAUAGAGAUGAACCGUAGAGAAAGGGACUUCAUGUGAAGGAUGUCACCUGUCUGUCCCCUUGUUGCGUACAGACAGACAAACUAUGAGAAGUGACCACGAUGGAUAUGUUCUUGUGCCUCUUAUCAUAUUUCUGCCUUCUCUGUUCCUCCAGCUUCUUCACGUAUCUCUGUUGCGACUGCGCCACUCUUUGGUCGAUUCAAUACACGGUUGAAGUGCCUAGUGUAAUUCAUACGAACAGAUUGACAGUUUUGAGUGUAACGGUAGUGGAUGUACAACUGCCUGUCAAGACAUUUUAUUCACCGUAUAUAUAUAUGUAUGUAUCAGUUGAAAUAUUACUACUGCCUUUACACAUCACUACAGAUGAGAACUUUGUUUUGGCAGAUUAACUACUGAUUGGUCAGAAUCACAGAACUAGAAUGACUUGUAUUUCUCAUUCUGUUCCUAUUGGUCAGGAGGAACCAGACCUGAAAUAGGCCUGUUUUCUUUAGCAACACAAUAGCACGCUCUGACACACAUGAAUAUGUAGCCACAAUCUAAGGCAAUUUUUUUUAUUUUUAACUUCAAAUACUUAUAUUUCAGACUCAAAAAUGAUAGCUAAUGAAAAAAAAAGCUACCAUGACAUUGACAGCAAAUGCAAUAAUUAUUUAUAUUAUUAAAAAUAAAUGGUAUGUAUUAUGUAA